GAUACCACACGCAUACAAAGAAAAGAUACAUACUGAAAAAACAAACUACAUAACUAUUGAAAUUUAGCGUAUUUGAACUGAUGGAGUGGCUCAAGUGGUAGAGUGCUUGCCUUCCAAAUGUGAGACCCUGAGUUCAAAGCCCAGUACCGUCUUAAAAAAAAAGAAAUUUAGCAUAUUUAUCAUUCAUUUCACAUUUUAGAAAAUAGUGAUCUCUCUGAUACUUAAUUUAUUUCAUGCAUUUCUUCUCUGUAGUUUGCAUUUUCAAAUCACUUGUAUAGUGUUUAAUGGUUUUGUGCUUUUGUGAUUGAAGGUACAGAUGUGACAAUUGUUUUUUUUGUUCGUUUUUGUUUUGUGGUAUUAGAGUUUGAACUCAGGGCCUCUCACUUGCUAGUCAGGCAUUUUACCACGUGAGCCACACCCCCAGCCAGAUUUUUCACAGUUGGAUGAGAUUUGUCUUUCAGAUAGUUUAAAAAACAAGGGUUUUGAUAACUAAUCAUAAGCAGGAUACUGAGAAUAAGGAGUGGCAUUAUAGAAAUGAAAAAUAUCUGUGGUUAAAUUUCUUUUUCUGGCCCUUUGAUAUUUGUGUUUUCACAGGUCUCUGAAAAGGUAUCUGGUUUGUGAAGUUAGCAUAGCUUGCAAUGAAAAGAAGAAAUACCUUAAGGUCAGAACUGGAUAUGUAGGAAUCCUGAUAGAAAAUGAUAAAAGCCAUCCCUUCCUCAUGAGCCAUUUGGAUAAAUUAAAUGAGGUGUUAUAUGUGAAGUUCAAUAUAUAACCACUGAAUUGAGAGAAUGCCUUCCAAAAGACUAGAAUCAUCCUGAGGUUAGCAUUAAACUUCUCCCAGUGGAGCCCAUGACUUCUGAUCAGGACGCUAAAGUUGUGGCUGAACCGCAGGCGCAGCGAGUCCAGGAGGGCAAGGACAGCUCUCAUCUGAUGAAUGGUCCUAUAUCUCAAACCACUUCUCAAACAAGUUCCAUCCCAGCUUUGAGUCAGGUACCAACAACUAAGGUUUCAGAGCUAAACCCUAAUGCAAAAGUAUGGGGGGCCCAUAUGUUACAUUUGGAAGCAAGUAGUGCAGCUGUUGGUGUGAGUGCGGCAUGGGAGGAAGCACCUGGCCAUUCAGCAGACUGCAGCCAGCAGGCUUUGGAUGCCAAUGGUGAUGGUGACAAAAGUCUUGAGAAUGCAGCUUUACCAGACUUACAGGAGUCAGAUCAGACAGACAUGAGCACUCUUGCUCUGGACCACUCAGAAUAUGAACCUUUGCCUGAAAACAGUGAAACAGGAGGGAAUGAGUCUCAACCAGAAAGCCAGGAAGAUCCCCGUGAAGUACUUAAAAAAACAUUGGAAUUCUGCUUAUCUAGGGAGAAUCUUGCUAGUGACAUGUAUCUCAUAUCGCAGAUGGAUAGUGAUCAAUAUGUGCCAAUUACAACGGUAGCUAACCUUGACCAUAUCAAGAAACUCAGUACUGAUGUGGAUUUGAUUGUUGAAGUGCUAAGAUCUUUACCUUUAGUCCAAGUGGAUGAAAAGGGAGAAAAAGUAAGGCCAAAUCAAAAUCGUUGCAUAGUAAUAUUGCGUGAAAUAUCGGAAUCUACCCCUGUGGAAGAAGUAGAAGCACUAUUUAAAGGAGGUAAUUUACCGAAAUUUAUAAACUGUGAAUUUGCCUAUAAUGAUAAUUGGUUUAUUACAUUUGAAACAGAAGCUGAUGCACAGCAGGCUUACAAAUACCUGCGAGAAGAAGUCAAAACUUUUCAAGGAAAGCCAAUUAAGGCACGGAUAAAAGCAAAGGCAAUAGCUAUAAACACAUUUUUGCCAAAGAAUGGAUUUAGACCUCUGGACAUGAACCUUUAUACACAGCAGCGUUAUACAGCAUCAUUUUACUUACCUCCAGUAUACAGUCCCCAGCAGCAGUUUCCUCUGUACAGCCUGAUCACCCCCCAGACAUGGUCAGCAACACAUAGUUAUCUUGAUCCACCUUUGGUAACUCCAUUUCCAAGUACUGGAUUUAUAAAUGGGUUUACAUCUCCAACCUUCAAACCUACGGCAUCUCCUCUGACAUCACUCAGACAGUAUCCUCCUAGAAGCAGGAAUCCUAGUAAAUCUCAUCUGCGCCAUGCAAUUCCCAGUGCAGAGAGAGGGCCCGGGCUACUAGAAAGCCCUUCAAUAUUUAACUUCACUGCAGAUCGAUUAAUUAAUGGUGUCCGGAGUCCACAGACGAGGCCAACAGGGCAAAGUAGAACACGAGUACAAAACCCUCCAGCUUAUGCCAAGAGAGAGGUCGGGACUGGGCGAGUGGACCCAAGUAGUCUUGAAUCCUCUCCUGGUUUAGGGAGAGGAAGGAAAAAUUCCUUUGGAUAUCGGAAGAAAAGGGAGGAGAAGUUUACAAGCAGCCAGACUCAGUCUCCAACGCCACCAAAGCCCCCAUCGCCAAGCUUCGAACUAGGACUGUCCAACUUUCCUCCAUUACCUGGAGCUGCAGGCAAUUUGAAAACAGAAGACUUAUUUGAAAACAGGCUAUCUAACUUGAUUAUAGGAUCAUCAAAAGAAAGAAGCCUCAGUACAGAUGCAAGUACGAACACCAUUCCUGUCGUCGUCCCCAGAGAGCCCUCUGUGCCAGCUUCCUGUGCUGUAACAGCAGCGUAUGAACGAUCCCCUUCCCCGGCCCAUUUACCCGAGGAUCCCAAGGUGGUAGAGAAGCAGAGGGAAAACCACAGUGUGGACAGACUCCCUUCUACCCUUACUACAACCGCAUGUAAAUCGGUGCAAGUGAAUGGAGCUGCCACAGAAUUGCGGAAGCCCAGUUAUGCAGAGAUUUGUCAGAGAACGAGUAAAGAGCCUCCUUCCUCCCCAUUGCAACCCCAAAAAGAACAAAAGCCAAACACUGUCAGUUGUGGGAAGGAAGAAAAGAAGCUCCCUGAGCCUGUGGAGAGAUACAGGGAGUCCCCUGCGCUCAAGUCCACUCCUGGAGCUCCCAAAGAUCAGAGGAGGCAGCCUGGGCGCCGACCCUCACCCUCAGCUGUUGGGAAGCGUCUCAACAGAGAACAGAACACUCCCCCCAAGUCUCCUCAGUGAAAACCGGAUGCCUGGGAGGAGGGGUCACAAAGAGCUAUACUCACCACACACAAAACUCUCCCUACGCAGUACAGAAUGAGUUGCUGGUUAGGAGCUUGCAGUGUCUGAGAGGCCUGUGGGAUGCCUGCAAGUUAGUUUUCUUCUGUGAGUUGGAUUUUUCCCCUCUUGAAAAAAAAAUCUAUUUUUCAGGAUUUAAUUGAUAUAAACCUUAUUUUAGGUUGGUGCUUAACUGGAGGUGAUGCAUAAGUCUGAUUUUUUUUUUCAGGAUAGAAAAUGCAUUUAUCCUAACAAAUUGAUAUUUUUUAUUAAGCCUCCAUGUGGCUCUGAAUGCAACUAUAUAUAGAGAUUUUCUAAAUUAAGGGAACUAUGCUACUUUUUUUUUUUUUUUUGUUAAUAAAAUAACUGGUCUGCAAGUGCAUAUGUUUAGGUGUCCCAACAGAUAGAUGAGGGCUAAUGGUGCUGGCAGGGGCACCCUCAACCUCACAGCGGAAGGGGCUGAUAGUUUCAGGGCACCAACAUAAUGGCAUAGGAGCUGGGUUUUCAUCUAAACCCUUAACAGGUGAUUCUAGCUUUAAACACACAAAAAGAUAUAUGUAUAUAUAUAUAGUCCUGUUUUGAUCUAGUGGGCAGAAUAAACCUGCAGAGAGCACCUUAGAAAAGAUCUGAAGAAACCUUUGAGUUUUAAUGUACUGCAAGCAGGUAACCAGCUUCUCACUCCAGUUUCAAGUGGCUAUAUGUAAAAUAAAUUUAAAGCACAUUGUGAAUAGAACCUAAGUGAAAAUAUAAGCUUUGUUGCCCACUGACAAAGAUACCAUGAAGUUGUACCAUGAUGUUGUUUUGAACCCUGUGAGCUGGCUGCCUGGCUCCUGGCCUAUGCGCCUGCUCCAUGCACAUUUCUGUCCAUGUUCCCCAAGCACUCUUGUUGGAGAGUCCACAUCUUAGUCAGCUCCAUGUGGACAUCUUCUUGUACCUCUGCACCGGCACAUGGAUUUAAAAGUAUGUAACCGUGAGAGAAUGGUGUUGGUGGUGUUCCCCCUCUUUGGCUGGUGAAGGACAGAAAUUGCUGGUCUUUUACCUCCAAGGUGAGGGUCUCAUUGAUUUACUUCUAGAAGUGCUACACUUCUGAAGAACAAGGAUGCACUAAAGUUAGCAAGUUUAUAAUAAAGUUAAAUAUAAAUUAUUUUGUUUUAAAAUGCCUAACAUUUUUCUUUAAGUAUUCUAAGCAGCAGACGUUAAAAUAUUUCCUGCUAAAUGUAACCAUACAGUUUAUCCCACAAAAUGUUAUGUAACAAGACUGAGGGGUUUUUAGAAGAAAAAUUAUUUCCAUCCAAUAUUUAAAGACUUGAAUUUUAUUUAAACUUGAAAAUGACUUUGCCUUAACUUUUGUAUAAGACAGCUUAGAGCUCAUGGAGCCCGGCCCCUGGUUGGCAGGAGUGGAUCAGAGUUACUCAGUUACCGUGUGGAUCUCUUGUUGUUAGAUUGCUGAGUAAGCAUACUGUAGUACAAGAACUAGCAGUAGUUUUUGUAAUAUACCUUACAGAUCUUCAACAGUUGAUCUUUUUUCAGAUUGUUGAAAAAUCCUGUAAAUGCAAAUAGUCGAUACUGUAUUAAAUAUGUGCACUUGGGAGUGUGCUUUGCUUGUACAGUUGUAAAUAAUCAGAACAUAUUAAAAAGGUACCCUACAGAGAAAAAUCUGAUAAAAAUUAUUGAUAUAUUAUAAAUGUUGCUGUUGACCUGGAUGUAGAUAAACUAAAUGUUGUGGUUUGAACAUUAUUUUAAUUUGUUGAGGUUAUUUUUUUUUCUCUUAUACUGGUGUGUUGAACUGAUUCUGCCUCUGCUGCAAAAGGGAAAUGGAGAGUAUUAUUAAAGCCUUUAAUGUGCUCAUGACUUCAAGUAUGUAAAUGCAUACUAAUCAUAUCUAAUGUGAAAGGGGCUUGAACUACAAUUUGGAAAGUAGAAACUGGCAGGAUCUUCAAAUGAAAGUAAAAAAUAAUCUACUAAUUAAAAUCAUAUAUUGCUAAGUGUGAUUUAAUUUAUCCUGCCAGAGGAAAACAUGUCUGAUGUAUGUGACCAUUUCCUUCAGAGCAAUUGCCAUUAUUCAGAUACACAGAAUUACACAUAGUGCUAGUAUGUUCUAAAUGCCUGUUAAAGGAACAUGGGAAUUAAAUUUCCUUGUAAUUGUCAGCUCACUGACAUAAAAUAAAAGUCAGAAAUAAUCUCUUAAAACCCAAACUAAAGCUGGAGGGUCCUUCAUACCACAUUUUGCUGGAGGAGGGGCCAACACAUUGACAGCCAUCCUCAUUCUCAAAUCACAAUGCUCAUAGGGUAAGUCCAUGGUUUUUAAUGAGAAAUCCUUUCCCCAGGAAGCAAGCAUUGCAGACGUGUGUGGGUAGGGCCAGCUCUGGUCACUCACUGUAUCUGUCGGCUGGAAGUAUGUAAAGCUCAGCAGCUGCACAGGAGCCAGUGGGCACGUGGCAUAGUGAGAGUGCUGUUUGGUGAGUGCUGCUGCCGUCUGGACAAGUCAGGACACUGUAAUUACUGCUUAGCCAGUGACCAUCUGGCAUUGAGAACUGAAACUUGCUCAGAUGUGAUAUUUAUAGCACUCUUUUUAAUUACGCAUAGAUGAUAUGCCAAAUAGCUAUAUAAUGUCCAAAAAAAAACCUUUCUGAUAAUUCUUGGCGAUUUUUCCGCUCAGAAAAAGGAGUUAUCAUAAUAGGAAGCUGUGAGGGUGCAUGUGGACUGUUGCUAUGUCAUAUACAGCUAAUGAUUUGUGGUUUUCAUACAUUUUUUUAAUUUACUCAUUCCUUCUAGUGUCUCAGUUUAUAGAAUCAGAGACACAGUAGUCACAAAUGACAUUUUAACUUGUAAAGUUGUGUGAUGAUACUUAUCCUUUGGAAAUAUAGGAAUAAGAAUCUGGCUCUGUUUCACCAGACAUGAAUUGCGAGUAAUUGCUCUCUUUAAAAGUUGGUGUCAUGAUGUCUCUGAGCAGUCCCUCCUGUCACUGCAUCACUGGUGCCACUGCUGGGUGGCAAAAAGUCUUAUGUUGCUGUAUUAGUCAGGAUUUCUGCAGUUUACAUUUAAAAACUGGUUCAGUGUAUCACAGCAGGUGACAAAUGGUGCAUACCUGUCUUUGUAUCCCCUUCAGUGAGCUGUAGUUGUGGGUUUGUGUGCUUUGUAGCCUGUUACACACAAAGCAGCAGACAAUCGAAGAUUCCAGAAGCACUAACAGCUGCCAAGUCACAGAAUGGGAGUGUCAUGUGGAAGCUUUCUUGAAGGUUUUUGUUUUUGUUCUACUUCUUUUCAUUAAGACUGGAAUCAAGCUUACGUGUAAACUAUUGGUAAUUUAAGUUUCCUUUUGUGUCAUUCAGUGUAAAACUGUCUAAUUUGGAAAAAAUGUAGGUUAUGAAAAAUAAAGAUUUAGGCACUGUUCAAUUUAUCUUUUGAUUUUUUAAAUUAAAAUUUUCUUCAAGAAUCUAUAUUUUUAAAAUGAUUUUUUUUUUGUCUCUUUCCAUCGGUGUGCAAGAGGAAAAUACACAAGUGCCAAAUGUAGUUUGAGUUGUAAAGGUUUCCCAACCCCGCCUGUCAGUCAACCACAGUGUAAGAAUUCCCUCUCAUGAUAGGAUCAGUGUUCAUGCAUGUAGUCGUUACACCCGAGUUUUACCACAAAGAUAAAUGUCCCUGGAUCAGGAUUUUUUAUUUCUUUUAUUAGAAUUGUGAUAUUUCUCCUGACAUCUACAGUUAGUAGAGUUGAUGUUGAAUCACUGUGGUUUUCAGGUCAUAAACAAGUUGGAUCUCAAGGGCAGGGUAGCUAACGCAUAAGCAACAGCGCUGCCUGCAAAGAGCUGAAGAUGGGAAGAGUUCUUCGUUACUGAUUUUAGUGGGCAACUGAUCUGAGUCAGAUGUUGGUUAACUGAUUUUCCUCUUCUGUGAAUUGCCUUCUCAUACCCUUUAUCCAUUUUUCUACUGGGUUAUCUUUUUAUUGAAGUACCUGUUGUGACUUUCUUUGUUUUGGAGUUUUUGUUUUCAGUUACUAGGUAGUACAACUUAGACCAGUCCAUCUCCUUUGUGGUGAGUCUUGAUCUUGUUUAAGAAGUCUUUCCCUAUUCCAGAGUCAUAUUUUACAUAUAUUUGUGUUUUAAUCCAGUGGAAAUUUUGGUCUAGUGUAUAUGUGUGGUCUGAGGUAGGAACUCAAUUUUAAUUUUUUGCCAUAUAGGAGGUUUCUUUUUCCAGUGUCCUUUACUAAUUAGUUCCUUGUCUGUCCUCUGAUUUGUAGUGCCACUUGUUACUUGAGAGUCACUACCUCCAUAUGCCUGGGUCUUUAUCUGAGCUCUAUUUUCUGUCUUUAUUUUUGCUUCUAUACUGGCAGGCAUAACAUUUAAUUCUCCCGGCAGUCUGUGUAUCUGAGCAUUUCCUUUACAGACUUGUCAUUCGCAAUUCAUUGUGCUCCCCAAAGGCAGGAAUUACACCCAUCUGAGUCACCAUCACAUCUAUUCUUCAUACAAGGUCUGCAACACAGUAGAUGCUCAUCAAAUGCGUGUUCUCUGUGCACAGCUCUUGCCUCAGAAAUUUAGAAAGAAAUAGGGUGUGGUUUUGAUUUGAUAUCGAUACAUAAAAUGCCACCCCAGAACUUAGUGGCUUGAAAUGGUCAUAACUGUAGAUUUGCUGCUAGGCAUGGCCAGUGACAGUGCUGAGGCUGGGUUGGUCUAGGCC